GCCUCACGUUCGAACGGCGGCGGCGGCGCCGGGCGGGAACAUGGCGGGAGCGCGGGCUCUGCUGCGGCUCUGCCCGCUGCUGCUGCCGCAGGACCGCCACGGCACCGCCUACGAGGGCUUUGUCACUGCCCAGGGUAGAGACUUCCACAUCAGGAUACUGCUACCAGUGGAUUUGCAACUGAAAAAUGCCAGGAUAGAGUGCAGCUGGCAUCUGAAGAAGAUCCUGCAUGGAUAUCGGCACAUUUUAAAGCAGAGGCUGCACAGCUGCCCAGAUCUUGUCAGCUUUAUGGUGGAGCUGAAAACUGUUCUGGAAAUUGCUUUAAAGAACACACAAGACCUGCACGUCCCACGGCCUCCAGAAUACUACUCCUGUCUUGUCAGAGAUCUAGAAACACUGGGCUGGAAUAGAGUGGCCUAUGUGGACACCGGGCUGACCACAGUCAAGUUAAAAGCUGAGGACUCUUGUGGUCGACAGCAUCACAUUACUCUCAAGUUAAAUGCAAAGUAUCCUACAGAACCACCAGGCUGCCUUGUGGAUUUUCCUGUUCCAUUUGCAGUUUCCUGGAUGCCACAGAACUCCUUAAUAGACAUUUACAACCAGUUCCUGGCAGCAUUGGAGUCGCUGAAGGAGUUCUGGGAUGCCCUUGAUGAGAUCGAUGGGAAGACAUGGGUGCUUGAGCCAGAAAAUCCCACACGGAGCGCUACAACCAGGAGAAUUGCAAUAGGGAAUAAUGUCUCAGUGAACAUAGAGGUAGAUCCUCGCCAUCCAAACAUGCUUCCAGAGUGUUAUUUCCUUGGAGCAGAUCACGGUAAGGCAGCAGAUUCCACUUGUUUCUCCUCUGGACUCAGAUCUCUGUUCCAAUCCCCACCUGAAACCCGGGAGGUUCAUUAUUCCUGCCUGUUGUUUGCAGAAGUGAACCCUCUGAGAACUAAACUCAACAACAACAUGCACUUGUGGGAUCCGGAGAUCAGCUUGUUACAAAACUUGAGAGAGCUCCUAGAAAUUGAUUUUCCGUCUCGUGUGGUGUUGGAAAAAAGCGACUUUGCCCGGGACUGUGGGAUCUGCUACGCCUAUCGGCUGGACGGCAGCGUGCCCGACCGUGUGUGCGACGAUCCCCGCUGUGGGCAGCCCUUCCACCAGGCCUGUCUCUAUGAGUGGCUACAAGGCCUUCCUACCAGCAGACAGAGUUUUAAUGUCAUCUUUGGUGAAUGUCCCUAUUGUAAUAAGCCCAUGACACUGAAAUCUUCAAUGAAGAAACUCUAGGAAAAAACUACAUGGUGGGAGCACCACUGUACUCCUGCUGAAGACCAGUGAACAGCACCAUCAAAGCAGAAACAAGGACAGGACAAUGAGCAGCAGAAGCACCAGAACAGCUGCAGUGUAGGGGUAGGUUUCAUCAGCAAAUGCCAGCCUAAACACAACAGAGAGAGAGGGA